AUGGAUUUCUCCGACAUCUUCCGCAUCGUCAACCUGGCCACAGGUGUUUUCAUGCUCCUGGGUGGUAUCAGCCAAUUCUUUCCCGCCGGGAUAAAGGGAAUCAUCGUUGGCAUCUUCUUGAUUAUCUUUGGUUCAGCGACUGCGCUUCUGGAAUUCCAAAUCCCACCUCAGACAGCCCGCUAUGCCUCCUUCAUGUUCUCGUUCCUCGGACGAGGAGCCUUCUACCUUUUCAUCGGCGCCAUCGCAAUCGGUGAAAAGUGGUACAACAUCGUCCCCGGCAGUCUCACUGCCCUCGUCGGCCUGGCCUACAUCGCCCUGGAAUUCGUGCCUCAGAUCGAGCCGCCAGCGAACAUGAGGGACGCCGAUGCCGGAUGGGGAGCCGAGCAGGUAUAA